CUGUCGCAGUGACAACACACAAGAAAAAUAUCUUCACAGUUUUUACACAACAUUGAGAAACGCCGGAACGUCAAGAUGUCGUCUUUGAACAAACAAAUGAACUUCAAUAAGUGCAUCAGCAAGAAAAUCUCGAUGCCGUCAUACAAAUCGAAGGUGUCUCCCACUCGACGCCUUACCAACCUCCUCAAGCCGCUUUUGGGUCAAGUUUUUAACAUGAAGACGAAGCAGCCAAAGCGCAGCUCCUACAUUGCAUCGGAGGAGAAGGAAGCCGAAUUCGACUGGCUGAACAACGACAUGGAUAACAUGGCCAACGAGCAUCUGGAGAAUCAGCUAAUCGACGAGAUUCGCCAAUGCGCCAAGGAAGAUGCAAUCAUCGUCUACAAUGAGAAUGGUUCUGGACAACUGCAGACCAUGGAUCAAGAGGAUUACUAUGUGCCUGUUCACUUUGCACGCACCAAUGCUGGCACAUUCUUCUGGACCUCAUUGCAGCCCAAGGCCGCCGAACCCUACGCCAUCGAAUGGAACUUCCUUGAUCGUUGGGCUCAGGCGUGAACAAAAGACUUCAAUGAGCACAUUGCUGGGUUUAAACUUCUUCAAUUCGUGGUACGGGUUCAACAAGAUGAUGGGACUGUUAGGCCUGCGGUCUAACAAAUCAAAGUUUGGGCACUUCGACUUUGAUCUCGUCAGCCGGGUUCGCUGUAUAGAUGGGAAAAAUCAACACGUGGCUUUGCAUUAAAAUGUCAUCUUUUAAUUGCUUAAGUCGCAUGUGGGGAAACUUGAUUGUAAACAAUUUGUUCUUUUGCUUAUAAAAGAAACAAAAUUGUAAAUGAGGUGGCAAUUGAUGCCAAAUACUAUAAACAGAAAUAAAACAAUAUA